AUGUCUGAAGACGACGUUGCUUACACUGCCCUCCUCCGCCAAUUAUUAUCUGACAACUCAUCCACACGCAAUGCUCGUGUGCACUCUUGGAUAGAGCACCAGUAUGAUUUUGCUCUCUCAGAGUCAGACACCCCCCUCAACGAAGAUGUCGCUUCCGGCUGUUCCCGGGCUCCUUCACCUUCCCCGUCCUCCUCUUUGGGAGCGCACCGUACAUUCUCUUCUGACAGACCCGACUCUCCGCUCCUACCGAGGUCAUCGGUAGAUUGCUCUACACGAUCAGAGUCUUGUCCCUCUUACGAUGCUCUAUUUUUCCCUGUCUCUCCUUCUCAGACUUUUGCUGAGGAUGAGGUGAGGGAAGAGCGCGAACGCGAGCGCGCCCUUCGUUUCCUCGUGCAGGAAAUGUCACACUGGAAAAUGCAGUCCAGUCCUUCCACUCCGCGCAAGAACAUGGACAAGCCUUUACCUUGUCCUCCGCCACCUUCUCCGGCGACAUCCACUACGCAGUCCACUUCGUCACGUGUCAUGCGUUCACGUUCUUCAUCGAUGCGCAUGUCACGGCUACCUUCCUUCACAAGCACGUUGUCAUCUGAUCAGAGCCAAACACAAGACAUCUUCACUCCGCCAAUGCCCGUAUCCGUAAUUGUGCAUGGAGACACUCAACACGAACUCAUUUCUGACUUCAAGCGUUCUGACCCAAUGUUCCUCCGACGCAUGGAAUCUUUAAAUUUGAACGAGCAGGAUGAACAAGAGCUUUCUCUCCUCUCACCAAUCCAAGAUGAUCGUGACUCAGGAUACCCGUCUCCUACGCUCUCCAAUUUCUCGUACGCCCCAUCGCGUGAAACCGCGCUUACGAGUCCCUGCACCAGUUUUCCGACUUCGCCUGCGAGUGCGACUUUUGCUCCUUGCUUACCGGAAAAUAUCGCACUGCCAGCAUCCCCUGAAGCUGACCGCUUCCCGGAGGUGCCUCUUUCAUCCGAGGAUCGCGGUAAUGAUUCAUUUCCGACAUCUCCAUCUGACACGGCGCUUCCCGUAUCGCCAUCGACGACUGCAUUCCCCAUAUCACCAAGUACCACCAUAUUUCCCGCUUCUGCGCCCGAACUUGCAUUAUCGCCUGCUUUGACAAUUGAUCCCGCCACCCCUUCAUCGUGUCACUUCCCUUCUGACUCCAAAGAUUGUGUAAAUGAUGAUCCCGCACAAUCCCACCGGUUACGCACUUCCACUAACAGUUCGGGAGACCUUCAAAGCCGGUGGUCAGUUGCAACGACAGCAUCACUAACUCCGCCACCACCCGAUCCAAUGCCGUCGGGUACAUUCAUGAGGUCCAGGACUCCUUCGAGAGGCAAAAAGGACAAAGAAGUAUCAAAAGAGGUGAAAACCCCGCGCAAGCGCACCCGCCUUAUUAGUUUCAUUUCGAAACUUUCCCCGGGUCGUUCAGACAGCAAUGUUGCAGCCUCUACCGACUAUGACUUCUCUAAUGAGUCGGAUACAGACGAGAGAGUUGUCAAACCUGCAAAAACCAUCGGAAAGAAAUCUUCCCUAGCCAGUUUGCGGGCUUCGUUCUCUUUAUCUCGUGCCUCUUUCGCAUCUCAGCGUCCACCAGUGUCUUUGGUGGAGGUACCUCCGCUUCCAGUGUCGCCUACGCGUACGUCAUUCGGCGCAUCGCGUAUGUCUUUCGCAGCCGAUGGUGUGAUGGGCAGUGGGGAGGCAGUACCACCGGUGCCGACCAUCUCCUUAUCGAGAAUCCCUUCCCGCGCCACCGCGUUUGAUGAUGUCUUGCCGCCUAUUCCCCAGUCUGCUUCAACUAUUACAUCCUUCCGGAGUGCGUCUUUGGUUUCUCUGCAGACUUAUACCCCUCCUUCGGCUUCAGCAUCACAGCUCUCCUUGUUUCCGUCGCCCACCGCAAGUCAUAGUGCGUCAAGGUUGUCUCUAUUAUUGGCAGCUGGAUCUUCUAGGAACUCGGUGGUGUCCUCCGCCACAUUGGACGCACCCAUCUCCAUUCACCCCCUACCGAGUUCGACUCCCAGUAGAGCCAAGUCAAUCUUCAAACUAUCUUCGCGACCAAAAACACCCAAGGUUCGGGCCAUGGCAACUCCUUCAAAGCUUCCUCUUCCCCGGACGGUAUCUGUCUCGUCUUCUAAUAUCUCUAAUGGGGCAAGUCCAACUGCGUCGAAGAUCCCACCACCACCAACAACUUUCACACCCCCAUCAAAAUUAGCGUCAAUGCUUGCUUCGCAGUCUUCGUCGCGACUUCCUCAUCCAACAUCUCCUAACGCACCACCACCAACAUCUAAACUUCCACUUCCGCCGUUGAAGAUUGCUCCACCGCCAAAACAUGUUGUGCCGACUCCUCGGACGUCAUCUCUCCCACAAGCGAACCCUUCGACUAUGGAACCGAAGUCGCCUAUGUCAAUUGAUGGACCAACUGCACUGGUUUCGAAACUUCCAUUGCCUUCGGCGAUGAAGGCCUCCCGCACUACUACCGUGAUGGGCUUUUGGCGCAGGGCACAAUAG